UGACAAAAUCCCAGACCAUCCAAAAACCCUAGCUUCUCCUUUAACUACAAAACCACUCCCAUUUUCUCCUCGAGACCCAUAUCAAACACAAACCCUAGCCGCAGUCUCCAUCACCACAGCUACCACAAUGAAGUACAACCCAAGAGUCUCCUCCUCCCGCCGAAAGAACCGUAAGGCCCACUUCUCGGCGCCAUCCUCCGUGCGUCGUAUGCUCAUGAGCGCACCACUUUCCACUGACCUCCGUCAGAAAUACAACGUGAGAUCCAUGCCUAUCCGAAAAGACGAUGAGAUCCAAGUUGUUCGUGGGACAUACAAGGGAAGGGAAGGGAAGGUUGUCCAGGUUUAUAGGAGAAAAUGGGUUAUUCAUGUCGAGAGGAUUACAAGGGAAAAGGUUAAUGGCUCCACUGUUAACGUGGGAAUUAACCCUUCGAAGGUGGUGAUUACCAAGCUCAGACUUGAUAAGGACAGGAAGUCCCUGCUGGAUCGCAAGGCUAAGGGGCGUGCUGUUGGUGAUAAGGAUAAGGGGACCAAGUUCACUGCUGAGGAUAUCAUGCAGAGCGUGGACUGAUUCAUCAUGAGGUUUUUGUUUUUGAAGGCUUAAUGAUAGGCUGUGUUUGGUUUUACAAGUACUUGUUUUUGUCUUAAUUACUAAGCAUAUUCUUAAUCAGUUUAAUUGAAUGUCAUGUGGAUUUUAUUGAGGCGUAAGAAAAUGUGUUUGAACUGCCGUU